CUUCUCGCUCAGCCCACUCCCCCCUUCAUUCACUCCGUCCUCUUUGUAUUCUGUAUGAGGAGUGCGGCUUAUUUUUGGGCGAUCCGUGGGGGGCACUUUCUCUCCAGUGUUUAGAACUCGUUUCCGGGAAGUGACGUAGUGUGGCUGAGCCCGGCCGGCGUGACGUCACUAGCGCUGCGCCGGGAGCUGGUGCUGGGCGAGCGAUGGCCGUGCGGAGCUGGGAGAGGCGCUGUGUGUGAGGCAUGCUCGGCGGGGCGCAGUGGGCCCCCAGGCACACACUGUAACACCGUGUCACCCUCUGUGAGUGUGAGCAUGGGAAUCCUCUUCUCCAAGAUAUGGAGGCUGUUCAGCCAUCAGGGUAAGAAGGCCCACACUGCGCUGCCCAUCACCCUCAGCCAGCCCACUGUCUGCCAGAGAGUCCUGGGAGAUGGAGUCCACUGCUGUCAAAAUGUGCCCUGUAUUCAGGGCCUAUGUAUUCAAAAUGCAGCUUAUAGGGCAUCAUGGGAAUUGUAGUCCAGUGCAAUAAAAUGUAGCCUGGCAGAGCAUCUAGGGAAUUGUAGUCCAGUGCAAUAAAAUGUAGCCUGGCAGAGCAUCAUUGGAAUUGUAGUUCACAGCAGCUGGAAUGUGAAGGGUUGGCUAUCAUGCUCUUAUUGAAUAGGACCACUCAAACAUAAACUGUGAUGGCAGAUAAGAACCGAAAGACCCUUAAAGGACCACUAUAGUGCCAGGAAAACAUACUCGUUUUCCUGGCACUAUAGUGCCCUGAGGGUGCCCCCACCCUCAGGGUCCCCCUCCCGCCUGGCUCUGGAAGGGGGAAAGGGGUAAAAACGUACCUGGGCGGGGAGCUCUCCUCCUCCGAUCCUCCUCUUCUCCUCCACGUCGGCUGAAUGCGCACGCAUGGCAAGAGCUGCGCGCGCAUUCAGCCGGUCGCAUAGGAAAGCAUUAUCAAUGCUUUCCUAUGGACGCUGGCGUGCUCUCACUGUGAAAAUCACAGUGAGAAGCACGCAAGCGCCGCUAGCGGCUGUCAAUGAGACAGCCGCUAGAGGGAAUGGGGAAGGCUUAACCCAUUCAUAAACAUAGCAGUUUCUCUGAAACUGCUAUGUUUAUAAAAAAAAAUGGGUUAACCCUAGCUGGACCUGGCACCCAGACCACUUCAUUAAGAUAUAAUUAACCCUGCAAGUGUAAUUAUUGCAGUUUUUUUUUUUAUAAACUUCAAUAAUUACCUUGCAGGGUUAACUCCACCUCUAGUGGCUGUCUAGUCCACUAGAGGGCACUUCCUGGUCCAUAGCACAGAAAACCUGUGCCAGAGCGUUGCUUGACGUCCUCACGCUGUGUGAGGACCUCCAGCGUCGCUCAAUUCCCCAUAGGAAAGCAUUGAAAAGCAUUUUUAAUGCUUUCCUAUGGAGAGCUCUAAUGCGCAUGCGCAGCAGGUCUCCGUGGCAGAAGGGAUCAGUCUCGCCCACCGGCCAACGUAAUGAAGAGGAGGAGCGGCGGUGACCCCCUUCAGCAACCGGGGAUUGGGAGGGAGAGGGGACCUGGAGAGUCCCUUUAAAGUCUGCCCAUAUUGCACGUGUAUAAUUAACUAAUUAGUUCCUAGAAUUGUCCAUUAAAGACCUAGACAUUCUUUAAUUCCCUUACCAGCUUUGUCUUCACUGAGUGGUAUUGCAUCACAAAGCAGCAGUUCCACAGAAACAGGAAAACUAUUUGAUCUUGUAAUCACAUGUUUCAAAUGAGCAAGACCUUCUAUGACCGCACUCUUGUACCAACUUAUUGGUAUGCAAGCUGGGAAGUGUAAUAUGAAUUGACAGGACUUCUAGCCAUGGCCUUGAGCUCUGCUGUAAAGGGAUAAUCCACCCAACAUGACCAAAUUGUCAUGGUGCAAAGACACUGUUAUGUGCGGCAUUUCAGUGAGUAGUGCUGCGCAUGUUUGGAUAUUUUAUAUUUAUGUCUAACUCCACCUUCCGCCAGCAUUCAUUAAUGAGUUUGAAACGAGAAUUCCAGGCUGUCUAAUGUAAAUUUUGUGCACAGAGGUUUAUUCAUUGGCUGAUACUCUCUGCCAAUAAACAAACAGCAGGACUAGCUGCAGAAACAACAUGCUGGUUUAGUCAGCAUGAGAGGUGGCCUGGCAGGACCCAGAUAAUAUUCAAGCUGUUGCAAAAUGGUUUGCCCAAAACUUGAGAACAGCGCCUUGGUAAUCCUGGCUCUGUAAACACUAGAACAGGCUGUAGUGGAUAUGAUGCAAUAUCUUAGAGCCUACAUCAUUUCAAUAGACCAAGGUGCUUGUAGUGCCUAGAGUGUCCCUUUUUAAUAUAUGUAUUUUUGCAUAGAAAGAUGGUUAUUAUAUACAUUGUGUUAAAUCCAUAUGCAUUUGGGAAAUAUUGUAUCUAGUUAGACCCAUAUCUACUUAUCUACUACACUAUCUCUAUGAAGUGGUCUGGGUGCCAUGUCCCUAUAGUUUUAACUGUGCACCUAAAAUCAUUGCAGUUUUGCAGAAACUAGAGGUGUUUCUACAACUAGAGGUGCUUCUGCCAAAAUAUUCAGGCAAAACUUGACUAUUUCAAUCAUAUGGUCUUAUAGGGCCUAGGUGUUCUCUUUGACUCCGACCUCUCCUUCAAGCCUCAUGUUCAAUCUAUCGCCAAAUCCUGUCAUUUCCAUUUCAAAAACAUUGCGUGCAUCCGCCCCUAGUUAACGCCUGAUGCGACUAAGGUGUUGGUCCAUUCCACUGUCCUUUCUCGCCUUAACUACUGUAAUCCGCUUCUCAGUGGUCUUACGUGCUCCCAACUUGCGCCGUUACAGUCCAUAAUGAAUGCGGCGGCAAGGCUCAUCUUCCUGUCCGCCCGCACCUCCCAUGCUUCACCCUUCUGUCAAUCCCUACAUUGGCUUCAUAUUAAAUAUAGAGCUCAAUUUAAAAUUCUGGUUCUUGCUUUCAAAUCUCUACAUAAUGCUGUUCCCACCUAUCUAUCCUCCCUUAUACACAAGUAUGUCCCAUCUAGGCCCUUACGAUCUGCUGAAGACUUACGUCUAUCUUCUGUCCGUACUCCCACCUCUGAUGCUCGCCUUCAAGAUUUCUCGAGGGCUGCACCGUUCCUGUGGAACUCGCUUCCCUCCUCCGUUAGAUGCUCACCCAGUCUCCACUCCUUCAAAAAAUCGUUAAAAACCCACUUCUUCAUAAAAGCGUAUCAAUUAAACUGUUAAUAGCUCCUGACUGAUUCCUCUUCUGCAACUGUCACUAGUCUAAUACUAUCCUUACCUUUUUGUGUCAUUUUACCCAACUCCCUCUAGCAUGUAAGCUCAUUGAGCAGGGCCCUCAACCCCUCUGUUCCUGUGUGUCCAACUUGUCUGGUUACAACUACAUGUCUGUUCGUCCACUCAUUGUAAAGCGCUGCGGAAUUUGACGGCGCUCUAUAAAUAUCAUAAUAAUAAAUAAUAAUUGGAUUGGUGCAGUGUGGAAUUUUGCCAUGCACACACACUCUAGGUUCCAAUGCUUUUCUAUGGUAAAGAAUUGGAUUGGCAGAGAUUGAUAAUUUCAGCCGAGGAGGCAGGGUCCUCUAUGACCAGUGACUUGCAUCCGGCUUCUACAGAGCCACAGAAUCUGGAUGCUGAUCCGAUCUGCCAUUCACUGGCUGAGUGCGUCAGCUAAGCACUAUUAGCCAAUGAAUGACAUUCUUUGCAUAGAAAUAUGCCCCAAUGUCGCUGGUGGAGUUAGAGCUCUGGCAGCAAAGGGGGAGGUGUGAAACUCUAAUGUGCAAGUUUCACUGCACAUACAGACUCCAGGCACCAUGGGAGUGCUUGAGGAUGCCAACUGUAUCUUAGAGUCACAGGUUUAAUUCCUGUCAUGGUCAUUUCAGUAUUUUACCCUUCCAAGGAUGAUAAAAUUAAUAACAUUAAGGUGGGUAGUUAUAACAUCUGCACCUCAUUACGUACUUGGAAACAGACAAUCUUAGUAUAAUGUUCUUGGUUAAAUUGUUAAAUAUUAUUAUUAUUAUUCAUUGUUAAUCCCCUAAAUAAUUUGUUUUCCUUUUUUCUUUUUUCUUUUUAUGGUGUGUGCUUUCUAAUAAAGAUCAUUAUUGUUAACCAGUCAUAGCCUUUUAUAAAUAAGAACAUGAUGGAUAAAACAAAUUGAAUGUAACUUUCUUGUGUAACUGUGUCAUAUUACAGAGGCCACAUUUUCACAGCUCUUGUGCAAUUAUUGUGUUAAUAUUAAUGUUGCAGCAUUGUGCCAGAGCAGUCCAACUGUACUUCCCUCGUUAGACUGUAAGUUAUACCAGUGUCUAAAAUAUCUUCUGGAAACUUAAUCUGUUACACAUGCAUAAAAGGAGAACUGUGUAUGUGUUCAUCUUAAAAUACAACAUUUCUAUAGAAUGUAGCUAUCUCUAUGAAGCAAGCAGUUUGUAAAAACAAAAACACACCUAUAUGACUCUUCCAUAAUCAUUUGUUAGUUUAAUAAGUAACUAUUUAACUCUAUGUUUCAGAGCACAAAGUAAUCAUUGUGGGAUUGGAUAAUGCAGGGAAAACGACAAUAUUAUAUCAGUUGUGAGUAUCUAUUUUUAUUUUUUGUAAGUUGUUAUGUUUCUAGUAUUUAAUUGCAUGCAGAUUUUAUUUUACUUUAACUGCUUUUUGAUUUUGAAUAGACCAUGACAAUUGGACUUAAACCGUUAAGGGCCAAGGCUCUUUGAGAUGUAGUGUGCCUUUUUGGCAAUUUUGCAAUGAGUUAAUUCUACCUUUCUCUUUAAGUGCACCCAUACAUAUAAAAUAUUUUUUAGGGGAAAUAUGUAUUUUCUUUUGAUUGCCUUUGUGUAUGGAUAACACAACUCUAAAUAUUAAAAAUGGGGAAAAAUGUAUUCAAUGUAAAUUUCAAAUUUAAAGCUAAAAUAGUCAAACUGUUAAAAUUUCAAUUCCUGAGCAUUUUCACUUUAGUGAAUAACAUUGUUGAUUUUAUUUUUUUUUUCCACACGUUUAAUUUUCAUGGGGUAUUUCAACAGGAAAAAAUAGGAAUUGGGGGGCGCACCCAGAACAUGCAUUUUAAAGCAGUGGUGCUGCUAUAAAGACCAAAACAUAAACAAAAUAUAAUGGGGUGUUUCAAACCUCGUGUCCCACUACUGUAUUGACACCGUAUUUGUAUUCUGCUACUGUUAGAGCACAUUGAUACAUCACAAAUACACCUUUGCAGGAUGUUUGAGGGUCUUUAUAAGUCACAGAUAUGCCCUAAUUUUGACAUGUCUACUUACUUACUUGGGAUGUGUUUUGGUAAAGUGAUACUAUCUGUGUCACUGUACUGAACGGUCUCAAACAAUAGUCUUAUUUCUAAACCUAACAUUAACCAGAACCCUACCUCAGACGGAUUCGUUUUGCUAAGGUCAGUACUGACAUCAACAGUGGGAUUUCUGACCUUACACAGUACAGAGGGCUCUGUUUGAUUGCCGCAUGUGAGAUAUAUCUUCCUUUUAUGCUGCAACUCCUGCAUAUAGUCACUGCUGAUCACACAAUGAUUGGUGCUGGAAGCUGGCAUAGCCCAGCGCUGAUCACUGCCAGCAGGGGGGGCAUCACUUUAAAUUCUGCAAACAGCGGAUCAAACAGUCUGAUGCCACUAAUUGUGGCCCCCAGCUGACAGAAAGAACCCUCGGGUAUCAAUUGAUAACUGGUGCUUCCCGGUACCCGAAUGGGAUCCAUUCCUGCUGGCACCCUAGAGCAAUGGCAUUCUAUGCUGUUCCUGGGUGUUUAUGCCUUCAUGCAGUGCAGGACUUUGACUGUCAUGUGGUCCUUAUGGAUUUAAGGGUGAGGGCGUGUGUUUGUUUAUCACACCAUUUAAGUUGCAAUUCACAAUUUAAUGGACUGCAUACUUCCAGUAGGUUAAUGAAAGUCUCACCGGUGUCUUAAUGCACCCAGAUUGGCAAAACCCUUUGCAGAUGCAAAUAGAAAUUAAUGGAUCUGAUCACUUUCAAUGGAAAUUGCAGAUUUUAAUAGGAAAUCGAAUAAUGUUUUGACCACACAAUGUUGUUUUAUCUAGUGAGUGAUAUGGAUCCCAUAGAAAGAUCGUGUAAGCACCUUAAUUAAUUUUUUACGACGAUAGCGCCAAUUGUUUAAUGAUUUUAUUGAUAUCUGUAUAUAUAUUCUGUGUUGUAAUGCUCACAUUGUGUGGUGGAAACAUUAUUACUCUAUUUCCUAUUAACGUCUGCAGUUCCCAUCUGAUGUGCUCAGAUCUAUGACUUUCUAUUUGCUAUUUAAGUUGUAGUGGUAUUAAAAAGUGAUACAUGAUUUACUACUCUAAAUAAUCGAUAUCCUAACUAAUAUAUUUAAAAUAUUACUGUGAAAUAUCAUCUACAUAUUUAAAGGACCACUAUAGUGCCCUGAGGGUGCCCCCACCCCCAGUGUCCCCCUCCCGCUGUGCUCUAGGAGGUGGAAGGGGUUAAACUUACCUCUUUCUCCAGCGCCGGGUGGGGAGCUCUCCUCCUCCUCUCAUCCUCCUCGGCUGAAUGUGCAUGCGCGGCAAGAGCCGCGCGUGCAUUCACCCAGUCUGAUAGGAAAGCAUUCACAAUGCUUUCCUAUGGACGCUGGCGUAUCACAGUGAGAAGCGCGGAAGCGCCUCUAGUGGCUGUCAAUGAGACAGCCACUAGAGGCUGGAUUAACCCUAAUAUAAACAUAGCAGUUUCUCUGAAACUGUUAUGUGUAUAGAAAAAAGGGUUACACCUAGCUGGACCAGGCACCCAGACCACUUCAUUAAGCUGAAGUGGUCUGGGUGCCUAUAGUGGUCCUUUAAGAGAAACUUGCUUGAAGACUCCAACAAAAUACAGUUCAACACAUGUAAAUGAACAUGGACGGCAUUGUUCUUUCUAUGAUUUCUAAAGCCGCUAUCUUCAUUAUGACUUGCUGCUUUAAAAAACAGCUUUUAAGUCCUAACACAGAUUCAUAUCUCGGUGAACAAGUUUGCAGGAGUGGACAGCUCUCUUGCCAAAUUGGGUUUUGUCAGCACUGCAUUUAAUAUUGAGAUCAGUUUCAUGUCCGAAAUAAAAUGUAGAGGAGUCUAGCAUUCUUUGCUUGUAAUGCACUGGACUUCCUUUAUAAAUAGAUAGUGGGAUAACAGAAGACAUUAUAAAACCACAGUAUGGGGUGUAAACCAUUUAUCUAGUCAUCAUAUAGUCUGGUAAUCCAAUGAAAGCUAUAGUUGUGUAAUAAGAAAUGACAAUCUGUUUCCUGUCCUAGCUCAAUGAAUGAAGUUGUGCAUACGUCACCUACAAUAGGCAGCAAUGUGGAAGAGAUAGUUGUCAAUAACACACGAUUUCUGAUGUGGGAUAUUGGUGGUCAAGAAUCCUUACGUUCUUCAUGGAAUACCUAUUAUACAAACACAGAAGUAAGCAUUUCUGAUUUAUAGUUCCAUCUAACCCCUUUACUAAAGAAUAGUUUUUAUAAAAGGAAAAGUAACAUUUAUAUGAAACCUGUGACGAAUGGGUACCACAAACCUUUCCAAAAAUUCUCCAAAAGUAACAGUUCAAUUUUAAUUGACUUAAUGUUUUGUAUUAAUAAGACAUUUUGUGUAUUUACACACAAUUCAUAGUUGUUGUUUUUUUGUUUGUUUGUUUUGUUUCUGAUUUUCAGUGGUCUUUGUGAUUUUACAAAGAACCCUGAAACUGAAAUUCUUUACUUAGGGUGCGGUGGCCAUUGGGUGCAGUAGAAGGCUAUUAUUAUUGCCUGCAGCAGUCCUUUAGAGCCACCACCAUCAUCUUCCUGGGGACCUUAAUCAGCUCCUGAUGCUUUGUCUUCUAGGAGCUGUGUCAGUGCUCCAUUCCUGUGUAUGAGCAUGAGUUCAACACUAAGGUAUAUGGAGGAUCCCAUGAGGCGCAGGAGCCUCUGUAGAUUACAUCUUUCAUUGUGACUCAAUGACACACAGACAUUUAUUGGGACAGCUGCUGAGUUUUGACGAACAUUGAUGCAUUUUUUUUUAACUAUUGUCCCUGAACUUUUGAGUCAUAUCCUUCUUGCUCAUAAGAUAAAGUAGUCCCUUCUUUGUCUUAUAUUAUCUCUUGACUAUAUUGGAAUUUGAUUGCAGUCAGUAUGAGUACCAUGAUGGUAUCUUCUUGAAAUACUCAAAAGUGACAGCCGCUUUAAAUACUCUUAAUCAAAAACUACUGAUUUCCCUUUUAGUUAUUUUUGUUUCUCUACGCCAAAAAAGUGCAGUGUCACAUAACUGUAAAGGGACACUAUAGGCAUCAAAACAAACUUAGCUUAAUGAAGACGUUUUGGUGUAUAGACCAUGCCCCUGUAGUCUCACUUGUUGUUUCUAUUUAUGCAGCCCAGGCCACACCUCCCCUGACAGUGAGUCACACAGUCAGCAUGAAUAAAAAUUAUUUAAUUUUCAAUCAGACUUUAACUUGCUUUAAACGUUUUUAUCUCCUUCUCUGUAAAUUGAACUUUAAUCACACACCGGAGACUUCUAAAGGCUAUUAACAGAGCAGGAGAUAGGAAAUUCUAGAAUUAAACAGACUCUACAUUACAGGAACCUAAAAUAACCAGGUUAUUUUUCAGGAAGUGUUUAGGAAAGCUGUGCAAGUCACAUGCAGGGAGUUUUGACUAGGGCUGUAUAAACAUAGUGAAUUAAUGCCAAAAUGGCAGAGAAUUAAGCAAUGAGAAUGCAGUGGCAUGAUCACUGCUCCAAAACUGCUUUAUUAAGCUAACGUUGUUUUGGUGCUGUAGAGUCUCUUUAAAUACAAAGUAUAUAUGUUCUUUAAAAGUGAGAAUUUAACUUUUUUUUUAAUAGAUGGCAAUGCGUUUAAAGUGCCAUUCCAGCCCCAUAACUUAAUUUAAGUGAAAUUGUUACGGGGCCUAGAGUACCCGGGUUUUCAAAUAAUUUAACACCAAAGUUCUGUUUCUGGGUGUCUGUCAUGACGCUUACUCUGCCUUCCCCUUGGCUGCUCUAAUAAUUGGGGAGCAUGUGAGAGUAUCAGUUAACUAAAAUUGUUUAACACAUUAAAAUAUGACAGAACCUAGGAACUUCGAGUCCAGUGACCUCUUUAUUGAAAGCAAAAGUUGUUUUGAGGCAAGUGUUCCUUUCAAGGUCCAAAUCAAAUAAACUGAUAUAGUUGGUAUGAUGAACUAAGAGUUCCUUUUUAAAGGAACACUGUAGCAUUAGGAAUACAUAUCUGUAUUCUUAAUGCUACAGUACUAAACCCUUAUUGGUUCACCACCCUCCCAUCUGUAAAUGUAAAAUCAUAAGAUUGGUAGACCAAAAUGAGCAGAUACCAAGUUUGAGAGCCCAGCCCAGUUAUAAUUUGCAUUCUAUCUUUUUUUAUUUCCAUUUCUGAACAAGCUCUUAUGGAUUGUGUUUUCGUUUUCUUGUUAUACAGUUUGUAAUUGUCGUUGUGGAUAGCACAGACAGAGAGAGGAUUUCAGUAACUAGGGAAGAACUCUAUAAAAUGCUGUCACAUGAGGUAAUAUUUUAUUUUUUCCCCCUAUACUGUUGAUUAAUUUUGCUAAAACAUGUAUGUGUGUAAUAUAUUGAUGCAAGCAAUACACAUUUAUUUUAUUCUUUUUGAUUAUACAAAAUUCCUGUUGCUUUUACUAUUACUUCGCAAACAAUUAUAUAUACUGUUCAUAUAGACUUCAGUUUCAAUGAAGGGCAAUCAUGGGAUAGUUAUGAGAGUUUGCAUUUCAGCAUCUCUGCCAAAUAUCUCUGUACAAUUUCAAUUCACCCCUUGCAAAAAGGCAAGUGGAAAUUCAGCCAGGACAAGCUAGUUUGGAAUGAAAUCAAGUGGUAAGUGGGCAGGUCUCUAGAAAGUCCAAAACCAGAGUCCCUGUCCAUGUCAUGAAGUACAGCAUAGCCAUUUGGAGCUGUGCCACCGUGUGUUCUAAACCCAGGUCCCAACUCUCUUUGAAAGAACUCUUCUCACACCGUUUAGAGAGCCUAUCACCCUGUGCUAACUACCACAAGGUCUACAUUUUUACUGAUUUAUGUUUUAUAUUUAAGGAUUUGAAAAAAGCUGGUCUGCUAGUCUUCGCAAACAAGCAGGAUGUAAAAGAGUGUAUGACGGUAGCUGAAAUCUCACAGUAUUUGAAGCUUACGUCUGUGAAGGAUCACCCAUGGCAUAUACAGGCUUGCUGUGCGCUGACUGGAGAAGGGUGAGCAUAUAUGAUUAUCUUGAAUUAAAGAGCAGUAACCAGAGGAUGUAAAUAUAAACUAAAGCUUUGGAAUACAGGUUGGUAUUCCUAAUCAUUUAGUGUCUCUGUCCCUAGCUAUAGGGGUUUGCCAUAAAUUUCAACUUAAAAAUAAAAUACAUUUUUACUUCCAUUUUUCCAGCACAGUCUCCCAAUGCACUGCUUACCUCUCCUCCUCCAGCAAUGUCAUGGAGAAGGCAUGGUCUCCUCCAGUGUGGUCCAGUUCAAUGCUACUCCUAGAGCAGCAUUUGGAACCUAACUGGCAUCAGUGGUGAGCGUCACACACAUCCAAGCUUCCCUAUUGGAAUGCAGCAGCAAUCACACUGGGCACACACUUAUGUAAAUAAUUCUUUAGUGAUUUUACUUCUUUACCAUUUUACUUUCUAUGCUGAUGAGCAGUCAGUGGCCAAGUGCAAGCUGUCCAUCCUUAAUCGGAUUACAACUCAUUUGAUCCUUUCCCAUACUACCACUCUUAAUUUUGGUGGCAAAUUUUUAUUUAGUUUUAGUCUGUCUUUUGACAAAAAAAAAAAUCAUAUUUGUUUUAGUUGUAAUUUAGUCAUCUGAAUUGAUUUAGUUUAGUUAUAGUCGACUAAAUCUCCAGAUGGGGUUUAGUUAAUGCCUCUGUCUGUCUGUUUUGCCACUUCCCCAGCCAUUCUGUGUCUCUUUGUGUCCUCCCAGCCUCUCUAGUUUAGUUAAUGCCCCGCUCUGUCUCAUUUGCACCUUCCACAGCCCCUCUAUGCGGUGUUAAUUUUGGCGACAAAUUUCAAUUUAGUUUUAGUCAUAGUCUUUUGAAUAAAAAGCCACUUUAGUUUUAGUUGCCUUUCAGUCAUCUGAAUCGUUUUGGAUUUAGUCUACUAAAAUUUAACUAAAGCCAUAAGAUUUUAGUCGUGUUGACUAAAAUCUACUGGAGAUUUAGUCGACUAAAACUAAACUAAAAUUAAAUCAGUUCAGAUGACUAAAAUACAACUAAAAUAAAUAUGACUUUUUAGUCAAAAGACUAUGACUAAAACUAAAUAAAAAUUUGCAGCCAAAAUUAACAAUGGAAGAAUGGCAAAGUAUCAAAGGAGUUGUAGUCCAAUUUAAGGAUGGACAGCUUGCACUUGACUAAAAUUGUUAGUCGACAUACACAGCCCAUUGUAAGAGUUAUUAUUAGAAUUGUAGUCUUUGAAACUGUCAGGCUUGGUUUUGGCUUUUAAGUUAUGUGAAAGUGGAUUGAAAAAGCAAUUCAUAUCUUCUGUUUUUUAUGUGAUUUUGCUAUUUAUUUAUUUUUUUGUGUUUCUGCUCCAGCUUGUGUCAAGGGCUCGAAUGGAUGAUGUCACGGCUUAAGUCGAGAUGACCACAGCUGCCUGUGUAAAGAGACAUUGCAUUCACAACAUACUGUAUUUAUGGAUCCCUGGUCUGCUGCAAACUAACCAAUAUGUAUUUAUAAACAAAUCCCAGAGGUUUCACUGUCAUGAGAAAAAUGGCAAAUUUCCCCAAAGGAAAAUUGCUUUUACAUGCACUUAAUAUUUCCCUUUUGAAGAUUCCAUUGCAUUUUUCAAAAAAAAAAAAAGCUGUGAUUGGCAUAAUUGUAUGUUUUAUUCAUUAAUGGCAGGAAGUCAAAGUAGAGUACCUUCUUUUUUUUUUAUUUAUUUUUUUAAGUUGUGUUUAGACAGGUCUGACUGUUAAGGAGUAAAAUGUAACUUUUUGUCUGGUAACACCUAGCAGCUGAAUUAAAUUAUGCAAAUAAGGACUAAUCAUUAUUUUUGUAUUUUAAUUUGAUUUACAAGCAGAGCCUAGAUUAUGUACAUAUCUCUUUAUUUCCUGUGUACUUGCAUGCUCAUAUGUUUGUACUUCUGUAUGUAUAAAAAAAAAAAAAUUGACUUGGUAACUAUCAAAUGGCACCGUGGUGACUGAACCCUUUUUUUAUUCUGGAAAGCUGAACAAUGCACUGCGGAGUGUGUACCACUGAAAGGGUUACGUGAUGUAAAUAUUUUUUUCCUCAUUUUGACUAUUUGUUCAUUUCAAGCAGAUAUGCAUGGUCUUUUAUUUAUUUCAUUAUUUUAAUUUUUUUUUUUUUUUUUUUAAAUCUCAAGCGUGUUUUAACAUUUUGACAGUUUGAUUUCUGCCAUGCUCUAUCUAAACCACUUAUACAGAAGAAACCUACAUUUUUAAUAAUAAACUAGGGUGUCAAGAUGUCUAUUUAGUAUUUGUUGAUUCACUUUAAAUAAUCUGUAGACUAUUUACUGUUUUUUUUUUAUUUUCAUGUGCGAACAGGCAUUGAUAAGUCUGAGAUUUGUGCAAUUUAUAUUGUUAGAGUUAUAAGGUAAGCAUAAUGGGUUUUAAUUUUAAUUUUUUUUGUUAAUUAUAAAACUUGUUGAUAAUUAGCAGCAACAUAUACUUGAUUGUUUUUGAAACCCUUAUAUCCGCUGUCUCUGCCGACCCUUACUCUCUUAAAGCAGAAAGCACCCAAAUUUUCAGUACUUGUCCAACUCGGCUAGGUCAGUAACUGCACUAUGCAUGUUACCUUAUCAAGCCUCCAUUACGAAGUGGAAGUGUGUUGUGAACAGCUGAGAUCAUGUAGGUGUCACUACAAAGUUAGUCAUUUCUAACUUUGUUUGCAUAGCUUAUUGAUUAUUUAAAUCAUGACAAAAAACUCAGCAAGUCUGUGAAAGCUUUUAGCAGCUGUAAAAUGAGCAUUAAUUGCUCUAAAUUUUGCUACCUCAUAAUGCUGAGCCACCAAUCUUUGGCUCAGAAUUCAAUGCAGCAUUUAUUCUUGUAAUUUAUUCUACAUACCUGUGUUGACUGGACUUUUGUAAUAACCUGCAAUAACAAAUCAUGGAUUUUUCUCAAGUGCAGAGAUGUGGCUUGGACAUGGGCAUAGAAGGUUUUGAUAGCAACUGUUGCAGUCUUUGGUAAUGCCAAUCUGCUGCAGAAAAUAGCUUCCAGUUUCAUAUACCAGUAUAUAUAGC